CCGAGUACAGCAGAUAAACUCACAAAACAUUUAAUCGCGGGUUCGCACGGUUGGCUACGUACGGUGCGAAAGAAGUUCAGCAUACUACAUACAUACGAAACUACUUGGUAUUAACGGGUAACGGGUAACAAGACAGUUUACGUAGAACACAAGUUGCUGCUGCUGGUUGUUGCAGGCAUAUAUAUAGUUAUAGGGCUAAAGCUUACAAGAUCUAUAUUCUGUACCAAGUAUUCUUCAGUAUCGUCCGUGCUGUAUUGACGGUGGCUAUGAUGGCUUUGGAGCGGCUGAGAGGUACACGCGAUGAGUCGUCUGGGAGGCGCGCGAUGAAGACGAUGUUCGUGACGGAGUCUCCUCCUGGGUGUGCGGUGCGCACCGCGGCGACUCUGCUCUGCCUCCUGUCGCUGCUCAACAGCUCGAACGGGCUGCCGGCGGACCCGCGCAACACGGGCCUCCAACGCCGUUCCGUGGCCGAGCAACAGUUCAUGCACGACAAGGGCCGCGUGCUCCAGGAGCUGGGCCGCCGCCUCUGGGUCCAGUCCGUGGUGGGCGAGGUGCACACGGCCAUGGGACGCGAUGCCAACCGCGUGGCCUCCCACGCCCCACGCUCCCUCGCAGCCGCAGCCACAGACGCCGCCGGUGCGGCCUCGUCCUCCCACUUGCUCCCCUGGGGGAGAGCCCGCGCGGUUGACCCCGCCGCCGCCGGCGCCGUCGGGCACCCCCCGAUGAAGAACCCGGCGUCCGGGAAGGCGCUCGCCCAUCGGCGCGCGCUGUCCCUGCAGGAGACGGACGCCAACGGCCCCACGUGGAGACACGGGAAGGUGGCGGCGGCGGCGGUGGCGAGCAAAGGGGUGGUCAGGCAGCACGCGCCGCGCGUGCUGGGCAAGGGUGCGCGCAACGCGAGGUCUGUCACGUGGCGUUAAUGCGAGCGGGCGAGCGAGCGAGCGAAUUUGCGAGCCCACGUAGAAGUUGUACAUGGACCACAUUUAUUACGCGGCGGUAUUCGGGCACGCGGUGUCGCGGGCGAUGAUGUCCCAUCGGCAGUGCGCCUACUGGCGUCAAUUUAGUAAAUCCUCCUUUCCGUGACACUGUCUCCGCAUGAAAGUAGAAUGCCCAGCUUCUUUGGGGCUCGUCAGCAGUCAAUCAUGCUAAACAAAUGCAGAUGUUGUUGGUAAGUGCCCUCUGGCUCUCUCUAUGCCAUGGGCAGUCCGUAAAAAAAUCUAUUUGGAGUGCAUUUUGCACUGAUGGCCCAUGAUGUUGAAAGAAGACACUUGACCCUGCUGAUCAGCCCUAGUAGGGCAAAACCAGUUCAAAGUUUACGUGUUUAUUCAAAAUGCUGCCGGUUAACACAAGUCUGGAAGCCGAAUAGGCCAAAGUAAAAAAAACAUACUAUUUGUUUUACGUGGAAAUGCUUAACGCGGCAGAUGAUUGACUAGCCUUAUUCAUUAGAAAUCCACGGCAGCAGUGAUAUUAAUUGGUGGCUCACUAAUGCCAGUGAUAGUAUGUAUAUAAUGGUCUUCGAUUAUUUAGUUCAUUGCCAUUAACUUGAUUAAUAAUGCACAAUUUGCCAAACAGGAUGCAAUGCACAGCCACCAGAAUGAUAAACAUACACGUGUAGUAAAGGAUGGAGAUCUGGAACAGACACGCGCUCAAGGAGACAAAUACAUUCAAAGACCGCUGAGAUUCAGUGCUGUAAAACUCGUCAAUGUAAAAAGUAUAAACGAAUAAUGCUGCACACUGUUUAACAAAAUAACUAGGGAAGACCCGUAAACACAA